CCGCCUGCAGUCACAGCCAUUGGGACAGUGCAGGGACAGGAGUAGGGCCGGCGGCCUGGGGGACUGCGGGCUGAUGUGGGGGAGAUGUCCGAGACGAGUUCGGUCAGCUCCGGCUCAACAGUGGGCUCAGGCAUCCGGCUGUUGCAGCUCGCACACAGAGGAGAAUGGGGUGCGCUGGAACAUAGUCUGAGGAGCAUGGAUAAAGGAGACCGACACAUCACUCUCACCGACGAAGAAUCCGGUCUGACUCCAUUUUUGAUUGCUGUUCGAGAAAACAAGUUGACGAUUGUGGAAAAGUUGUUUGAGUUAGGAGGUAAUCAAAUCGAUCGGUCAAAGGAUGGAAGGACUGCACUACACAUCGCUGCAGCACAUUCGAAGGAUGAAAUUGUUCGCCUGCUGUUGACAAAGAGGUUGGACCCGAACCUAACAGGAGGGCACAAGGAUCAGUUACCUCUACACUUUGCAGCUAGUCGACCCAGUGGUGCACUUAACAUUGUUCAGACCCUGCUGAAAUACUCAAACAAAGAUGCUCGAUUAGUGCAAGAUAAGGAUGGCUGCAUCCCACUGUUCUUAAGCAUCGAAGUUGGUAAUAUUGCAGUCUGCAAGGAGCUGCUCAGUGUUAACGCUGAUCUGCAGCUCAGGACCCAAAGGAAGGAUAAUGGUGACACUGUCUUACACGUUUGCUGCAGAAAGAGAGAUACAGAACUAGCUAAGCUCCUUGUGGAGUCAGGUGCUGGCGUGGAUUUUCAGAAUGAUGAUGGUCAGACUCCCUUACAUGUUGCUGCCUGGGAAGGGGAUGAAUUGAUGCUGAAAGUCUUCUAUCAAUACAAAGCCAACCCAAACAUCACAGACAAGCUGGAUCGGUCCCCAUUACACAUCGCUGCCGAGCGAGGACACACAAAUGCAGUUGAAGUAUUGACUGGGAAAUUCAAGUCGAACGUGUUAGCCCGAACCAAGGAUGGAAGUACCCUGAUGCACAUUGCCUCACAAUGUGGCCACCCUGACACAGCACUGGCCUUUCUGAAGAAAGGAGUCCCUUUGCAUAUGCCCAAUAAGUCAGGAGCAGUCUGUCUGCAUGCUGCAGCAAGGAAAGGCCAUACAGCUGUUGUGAAAGCUUUACUCCAGAAGGGAGCACACGUUGAUGCUAAAACAAAGGAGUGCUACACAGCCCUACACAUUGCAGUGCAGCACUGCAAGCCCAUGGUGGUACAGACUCUGCUAGGCUUUGGGGCCCAGGUGCAGCUUAAAGGGGGCAAGGCUUUGGAGACUCCACUGCACAUUGCAGCUCGGGUGAAGGAUGGUGAGAAAGUGGCAGAGAUAUUGCUAAAAAGUGGGGCUGAUGUAAAUGCUGAUCAAGAGAACGGUGAAACGGCUAUGCAUGUUGCAGCUCGUCAUGGCAAUUUGAAAAUGAUCCAGGCCUUGAUUGAGGAGGGUGGUGAUUUAAUCUGGCAAUCAAAGGUUGGAGAGAAUCCAUUGCACAUUGCAGUCCGACACUGUCACCUCAGCGUUGUGGAAGAAAUCCUCAGCUACCUGACCAAUCAGAGGAGCCACACAGAGGCAGUUGCUUGCGUCAACCAGGAAAACAAGGAAGGAGAAACAUCCCUACACCUGGCAGCAGAGAUUAAGAAAGACGUGGUUCACUUUCAACAAGAAGAUACUCAGAUUGUUAAACUUCUCAUGGAAUAUGAAACUGAUAUCACUGCAACAACCAAACUGACACAUGAGACGCCAUUGCAUUACUGUGCACAUGUGGGGAAUGCUGACGUUCUUCUUGAGGUCUUGAAAUAUAUCAGUUCAAAUAGAAUCCAGCAGGUCAUCAAUAAACAAUCUCAGAAUGGAUGUUCACCAUUGCUUUUGGCUGCAGAGAGAGGGCACACAGAGAUGGUGAAGAUAUUGCUGUUAAACCAUGCCAGGGUAGAUGUUUUUGAUGAGCAUGGUAAGGCAGGGCUUCACUUGGCAGCGGAGAAUGGACACGAUCAGAUCUCAGACAUUCUGCUGUGGCACAAGGCCUUUGUCAAUGCCAAAACCAAACUUGGCCUGACACCUCUUCACCUGGCAGCACAGAAUGGUUACAACAAGCUGGUAAAGCUACUCGUGGAGACCCACGCAGCAAGUAUUGAUGCACUGUCUUUGUCGAAACGGACUCCUCUCCACUUGGCAGCAGGGAACGGACAGCUCGAUGUUUGCAACAGUUUGCUCAAGAUGAAGGCUGAUGUGAACGCUACUGAUAUUCAUGGACAAACACCACUCCACCUCGCUGCAGAAAAUGACCAUUCUGAGGUUGUGAAACUCUUCCUCAAACAGAAACCGGAACUGGUGACUUCUGCAAACAUAGAAGGCUCUACCUGUGCACACAUUGCCGCAUCAAAGGGAAGUGUCGCCGUGAUAAAAGAGCUGCUAAAAUUCAACAAAGCUGGAGUCACUACCGCACGGAACAAGACAAAAGAAUCCACUCCACUCCAUCUCGCUGCUGCUGGAGGUCAUGCUGAGGUUGUUAAGGUAUUGUUGGAGGCUGGUGCAUCUGCCACUGAUGAGAAUGCAGAGGGAAUGAAUACAAUUCAUUUAGCUGCUAAGAAUGGGCACAUUAAUGUCCUGGAAGCCCUGAAAGGCACUGUAUCCUUUAAAAUAACCAGCACAAAGACUGGAUUCACUGCUCUUCAUGUGGCUGCACAUUUUGGCCAGAUGGAUUUUGUGCGGGAGAUUCUAACCAAGGUACCAGCAACCAUACGCAGUGAGACUCCAAAGUCCACCAGUGAGGGACAACUGAUGAAGGAGCCGACAACCGAGUCAGGGUACACACCAUUACACCUGGCAGCACAGUCUGGGCAUGAGAACUUGGUACGACUUCUGCUGAACUACCCAGGGGUUCAGGUGGACACUCAAACCAGCUUACAGGGUUCCACGCCCCUCCACCUCGCAGCGCAGAAUGGCCACACUGCAGUCAUCGGGCUCCUCUUGAGUAAGUCCACCACCCAAUUGCACCUCAAAGACAAAAGAGGACGCACCUGCCUGCACCUGGCAACAGCUAAUGGUCACAUCGAGAUGGCACGAGCUCUGCUUGGCCAAGGGGCAGAGAUUAACAUCACAGAUAAGAAUGGCUGGACCCCACUGCAUUUUGCAGCCAAGUCUGGUUACCUGGAUACGGUGCAAUUUCUGGUGGAAAGUGGAGCUUCUCCCAAGCUGGAAUGUAAGGAAGGAAAGACUGCCCUACAGUAUGCGGCAGCUGACCACCACCAAGAGGUGGUGAGCUUUUUAAUCCGAAAGAAUAAUAUCACCCUUAAGCUAACAGAGGAUCGCAAGUUCAUCUUUGACCUCAUGGUUUGCGGAAAGCUCAACAGGAACAAGGUCAUUGAGGAGUUUGUCUUGAACUCAGCUGCCCCCAUGGACACUGCCAUCAAGCUGUCCCGUGCUUUUGGCAUCACCGCUUUGAAGGAAAAGGAGAGAUCCAUGGAGCUUUUGGAAGCAGCCAAGUACUGUGAAAACAUGGCGGCCGAGCUGCUCACUGUGGCGUCUGGUUGUCGGAGUGCCGGAUACUUGCUCCGUGCCGUAGACCAUCGUGGCACCACAAUGCUGGACUCGUUGAUAGAAUGUGAACAGAAGGAUGUGGUGGCUCACCCAGCGGUUCAGAAAUACCUGACCGAUGUCUGGUACGGGAACUUGAAGUGGGCGCACUGGAAGAUAGUCCUUUUGUUCUUUGUCUUCCUCAUUUGCCCCCCGAUCUGGCUGAUGUUCUCCCUUCCAUUGAAGCACCAGUUCAACAGGAUCCCAAUUAUGAAGUUCAUGAGCCAUUUGGUUUCUCACAUUUUCCUCCUGGUGUUAUUUAUAUUAACCAUUGUCUACCCCCCACUUAGCCCAACGUAUGAAGGGCGGACGCUUCCAGGCUGGAAUGAGUGGCUCCUAUUGGCUUGGCUUUCAGGAAUGCUGGUCUCGGAACUGACACACCCUGGCGAGAGGGCAGGACUGGCAUGGAUACGGGUUUUCAUCCUGGCAUUUUCCGCUAUUGCCGUCUUCUGCCACCUGCUUGCGUUGGCUUUCCGGGACCACGACCGGCUGCAUUGCUUCUUUGCCCGAAACAUUUUCCUCGCGGUGGCCAUGACACUUUGCUUUGUGCAGUUUUUGGAGUUCCUGACAUUCCACCACCUCUUUGGCCCCUGGGCUGUCAUCAUCCGAGACCUGAUGAAGGACCUUGCCAGGUUCGCAGUAAUUCUGGCCCUAUUCCAUGUAGCCUUCACCAUGCAACUUUCAGCAGUUUACCAGCCUGUAUAUCCUGCUCUGCUGGGCAGUCCAUCUGCCAGAAAUGGUACAGAUUCAGGAGGCAAUUCUUACGAUGUCCAAGACCCUUUGGAUAUUACUGUCCUACUAUUUUUUGCUCUGUUCGGUAUGGUGGAUCCAGACACUUUACCUCCAUUACAUCGGACACCUACUUUCACCCAAUUCAUUGUCAGAUUUGUGUUUGGAAUGUACCUUGUCAUGACCCUGAUUGUCCUCAUUAACUUGCUAAUUGCUAUGAUGAGUGACACCUACCAGCGGAUCCAGGCGCAGUCAGACACCGAGUGGAAGUUUGGGAGGGCCAUGUUGAUCCGUGACAUGAUCAGGAAAUCAGGAACUCCUUCUCCAUUCAACUUGUGCACCAAUCUUUUCUAUUACAUCAAAAUGCUGUGCAAACACAGGGGUAAACUGUGCUCCACUGAGGGCAGAGAGCUGAUGAAUGAAGAAGAUGACCUUGAGACAAUAUCAGAUACACAUUCUAUCGACAUGUUGGCACACACAUCUGUUGGUUGGAUACGAAACCCCUCAAAGAGAACAACACAAAUCUCACCAGAAGGUUUCUUAAGAGGCAUAAGGCAAAACGGUCCGAUGCAAAUUGAAGAUGCUAUUGACUGGCACAACGUGGUGAUUCGUUACUUAACAAUGAAAGGGCAGACAGAUGCUGGUUUGGUCUUGAUACAGCUGCAGUACGAAGGAAGACCCAAAAUCUAUAAGUGUGAUUUUGGCUCCAGUUGCCAAAUGCCAGUAUUGUCAAAAUCAUGAAGGGCAGCCCAGACUACGGUGUUACUUAAUGAAGUACAUGAGAAGCUAGUCCAGUGGUUUGUGCAUCUCCGAAGGACAUCCGCUACAUUGGAAACAGUUUCCUGUCAAGCAAUGGUGAUCUGUGGAACAGUAUCUGUAUAAUCAUUGAUAUAGUAGAGUGUGAUAUAUUUUUACUUCAUUCACGGCUGCAUAUGUUUAAAGGGCAUCAACUCCAUAUCUAAGUUCCUACUUGGUGGGGGACCUGAACAUAAGGCAGUGUGUGAUUUUUUUUAAUAUAUAUAUGCUCAACAUGACAUGACAAAGUUUGUCUUGCGCCAUGAAAAUGUACCUCUUUAAAGAGGUGAUUCAUUGCUUUUGUUGAAAUAAUGUGCUCACUUUAGUAACUAUAGCUGAGAGAAAUACGCCAAAAAAGGAAAAUAAGGAAUAACAGUGAGGUGUGAAUGUUUGAUGGUAACAUCAACUUCCUACGCUCCUCAUUUACUCUUUAAUUCUGCAUUGCUUCACUUCCUGGUGGAAUUGUGAAACAUUGAAGUUAAUGCCUGACCAAUGGAUUUUUAUUUUAUGUCUUAACUCCAUUUAAUAUGUGCUAUAUUAAUGUAUUCAGAGUCUAACCUCAUUUUUUGCUCAAGAUAUAGCAAACUUACAGCAGGUUGUUGAGAGGGUCUUGCAGUGCAGGUUGGAAUUAUGUUGAGUAUUUCCUUCAUGUUUUUGGACAUAUUUCUCUUUCACUCUCCUGACCCUCCUCAGAAAUCCUCAGCAAAAUGGGAUAAGUAAAUGAUCUGAUUCCAAGCCUCUUCCAUUAAUACUAUUCUGAAGCAUGCUCCCACAGUGUGCACUGAAGUGAUUUUGAAUCUAGUCCAUCACUCCAGCAGAUCAUCUUUCUGCUUAUCAGAAAGAUACCAACGCUAACAUUUCUGAGUGUCUAGGAUUAAUUUUAAUUUAUCUUCCUCCCACAUAUUAUCCCCCACCUUCCAUUCCCUCUAAAGCCUUUAGUGCUCCAUAUUAACUGUGAAGGUGACCAGAACAUGGGUGGCCCACUAGCUCAGUGGUUAGCACUACUGCCUCACAGUGCCUGCGACCGGAUUUAAUUGCAGUCUCGGGUUACUGUCUGUAUAUGUCCUUCCCACGUCUGCACGGGUUGCCUCUGGAUGCUCUUUGGAGGGUUAGUGUGGACUUGAUGGAGCGACUGGUCCACUUUCACACUGUAGUGAUUCUAGAACAUGUUCAUCAGAUUCCUUUCAGGCAAGAGUUAGAGAUGUUUCCAACAUCCCAUAGUUUGCUGGCCAUUAUUGCAAAGUAGAGGGGGAGAAGGAGACCCUGGAGUCAAUGAGAGUUAACAAUGCAAUCUCUCUUCCAAUGACAUGAUGUGGAGCUGCAGGCUUUGGACUGGGAUGGACAAAGUUAAAAAUCAC